AUGCCUUUACGCGCGAAAGUGACCAACUCAGCUUUCGCAUCCAAGAUGUCUCUCAGCACGAGUGCUUCGUCGAAUCCUGCCGUCGACUCCGACGAUGUUCUUUUUUACACUACCUACGGAUUGCGAUUGAUCGAACUCAACAGACCCAAGAAACUGAAUUCUCUCAAUGGCUCGAUGUGUCAACAGAUUAUUCCACGACUUCUGGAAUGGGAAAAAUCACAACUAGCCAACAUAAUCAUGAUCUCCGGCCGAGGCGAAAAAGCCCUUUGCGCAGGCGGAGACGUCGCAGCUCUCGCAAUAAACAACCAGGAAGGCCCCGAAGGCGUGAAACGGUCACAGGACUACUUCGCUCUCGAAUACCAACUCGACCACUUGAUUGCGACUUACAGCAAGCCGUUCGUCUCCGUUAUGGAUGGUAUCACAAUGGGAGGCGGAGUGGGAUUGAGUGUCCAUGCCCCCUUCCGUAUCGCUACCGAGCGUACCCUUUUCGCUAUGCCCGAGACGACCAUUGGAUUUUUCCCGGACGUUGGCGGCUCGUUCUUCCUUCCGCGCCUUGACGGCGAGAUUGGUACUUAUCUCGCUCUUACCUCGGAGCGAUUGAACGGUGUUCAGGCUUUCUACACUGGUAUUGCAACGCAUUACGUCGACUCGAGCGUGCUCAGCAACUUGACGAAUCGACUAGCGGAAUUGGUGUUUAAGGACUAUGCCAACCUCCAGCAGCGCAACGAUCUUGUCAACAAGACCAUUGCCGAGUUUUCGACCGGUCUGCCAUCCAUUGAGCAGGAGCCUAUUCUUUUCCGAUUCAAGCUCCGUCAGGCUAUUGACCGAUGCUUCCAGCACAACACAGUAGAGGAAAUCGUCCAAGCCCUCGAACAGGAAGAAGACCAGAAGGAAUGGGCCCAAAAGACGCUCGAGACACUUGCAGGCCGCUCACCUACCUCCCUCAAAGUCACACUUCGUCAGCUCCGUCUCGGCAAGAACUGGAGCAUCAAGGAAACGUUCCAGCGCGAACAUGCCAUUGCCAGCGUAUUCAUGAAUCACCCCGACUUCGUCGAGGGUGUCUCGGCCCGUCUGAUUUCCAAGCCCACACGAACCCCUGAAUGGCAGCCAAGUAGUCUAGAGGACGUUACGUCUCAGGAUGUCGAUGCGUUCUUCAAGAUUGAGGGUGAACCAUUGCGCACAUUCCACGAUAAUGACUACAAGAAGUACCCUCAUGCCAAGUAUGCGCUGCCCACGGAAGCGGAUAUUGAGAAGUUUGUGCGUAGCAACAAGACAACAGGAGCAGAUGCUGUGAAGGAAUUUGUCCAGAAAUGGGGUCAAAAGGAGGGUGUCAAGGCCAAGGUGUCUGAGGUGCUUGGUCGACGGACCAAGAAGACAGCCAAGGGGCUGAAGUGGAUUGAGGAGGGUGAGGAAGUUGAGGAGACUGAGGAGGCUGAGAAGGUUGAGGAGGGUAAGGAGGGAAAGGAGUAA